GGCGGAAUCCCCCCCAAAACAGGCUGACCCUCCUCCAUCAGUGGCAGAUGGACAAUACUAGGAUGAACUCCUUCUUAGAGUAUGCAAUUUGUAACCGUGGGACGGGCGCCUACCACCAUUUAGAGCAAAGCUCCCCUUCCUUCCCCUCUUGCUCAGGUAGCCCCUCCAGUGACACUUUUCAUGGAGAAGGGCGCUUCGGUGCUGGGGGCAACGCGGGUUCGGCCGCCCAUCUCCCACCGCAGAGCCCCGGCUUUUUCCCCUCCGCCUCCGGGCGCUCCGUGCCCUUCGCAGCCGCUGCCCCGAGUUCCGGCUACCCAACCCAAAACUGCAGCCCCGGCUACGGGCACCACCAGCUUUACCUCGGCCAGCAGGACGCGGAUGGCUUGUACUUCCAGGCUGCCGGUUAUUCCUCCAGCACCGGACCCCACCUCGGCUCCUUGCCAGAGGGUUAUUGCGGUGCCGUAGGGCAGUACCAGCAGCAACAGCACCUUUACGGGCAGGAGCAGCCCGGUUACUUGCCCGGGGUUUACGGCAACCUCUCGCCUUCCCUAAAUGAGGACAAAGACCCCGCGUGCCCCUCCGAGCCGUGCCCCAACGCCAGCGCUGCGCGGACCUUCGAUUGGAUGAAAGUGAAGAGGAACCCCCCCAAGACAGCCAAAGUGUCGGAAUACGGGCUGCUGGGCCAACCCAACACCAUUCGCACCAACUUCACCACCAAACAGCUGACGGAGCUGGAGAAAGAAUUUCACUUUAACAAGUACCUCACCCGGGCCCGGAGGGUGGAAAUCGCCGCUACACUGGAGCUCAACGAAACCCAAGUCAAGAUCUGGUUCCAGAACAGGCGAAUGAAACAGAAGAAGAGGGAAAAGGAAGGUCUCGCCCCUCCUGCUGCCUCCAGGUCUGCGAAGGAAGCGAGUGAAGCUUCGGAUCAGUCCAACUGCACCUCACCUGAGGCCUCUCCCAGCUCCGUGUCCUCCUGAGGACCGGCACAACGAUCGGGGCUGCCUUCGAGGGCCGCUGCUCCCCGCUGAUCCCCGCAGCCCCACCCGCACAGCCCCGCACAGCCCCGGCCGCACACGCUUCCCUCCGAGCCGCCCCUUCGGCUCCGACCGCAUCCACCCGUGCGGUGCCCAUUCCCCGUUUGCCUUCCUCUCUUAAUUUAUAGACCCUCCGUUAAACGUUGGACUCCAAAGGAGCUGCCGUGUCCUCGUUUUAUCCUUAGCAAUAGGCGUUUGUCUCAGGGACGUUUCUCCCUUCUCCCCUUCCCAAUAGGAACUGCACUUUCAACUACAGAAACUUGAAAACGAAUUUUAGUUCUCUCCUGCUUUAAAGAUGCGCACAACGACUUUUGUCCACACGCAUCCCGAGUUUGCUGUAUUA